AUGCGAUACUCUUACGGAAAAACACCUGAUGGAAAAGUCUUUCGAGUUCCUUUGACGCGUGAAAUGGUUGCUAACUUAUUAAAUCCUAAUGUAAAGAAAAGCUUUUUUGAUUGGAUUACUUUGGGUACAAUGGCAAUUGAAAUCGGUCUUUUUUUUACCUUGCCGGUGUGGUUCAAACAAAUUUUGUUUAUUUUUGUUUUCUUCUUUUGGCGUUUGGCUUAUAAUGCUGGUCUAGGCCUGUUGUUAAAGUGCCAAAGCGACAAUCGAGGCCUAGUCCGCUGGGCAAAGAAAUACAAUGUAUUUGAUCGUCAAGCAAAUCCCAAAGCGUACCAUUGGCUCAAAUAUCAGCUUAGUGUCAAGAUGGGCGAUGACUAUGAUUUUGAAACGGCUCCUGUUGAAUACAAUACCUGGAUGUUAUACAGACAGCUAGUGGAUCUUAUUUUAAUGAAUGAUUUUAUUUCUUACAUGUGCUUUGCUCUUUCUUGGUUCAACACAUCACCACAAUCAUCUAUUUUUCUGGGUGAUACGUUGAGAUGGGGAGGUGGUCUGUUCCUGAUUGUUUUUAAUAUUUGGGUCAAAAUAGAUGCUCAAAGAGUCGUCAAGGAUUUUGCUUGGUAUUGGGGAGACUUUUUCUUCUUGAUUGAACAAUCCCUUACAUUUGAUGGUGUGUUUGAAAUGGCUCCUCACCCAAUGUAUUCGAUUGGAUACUUUGGCUAUUAUGGUGUCUCACUUUUGUGCGCAAGUUACACAGUUUUGUUUGUUAGCAUUGCUGCCCAUGCUCUCCAAUUUGCAUUCUUGAUUCUUGUAGAAACCCCUCAUAUUGAUAAGAUCUAUAAUCCCCCAGCUGACAUCAAGAGACGUCCUUCUACUGCAGCCAGCAAACAGGAAUCUAUCGCUGAACAGCAACCAUUUUACACAAACUACUUUCGUCAUGAUCUAAUUGCAUUCAAGAACUUUGAUCCCUUUCGAGCCACCGAUUUUGUUACUGUCAUUGUCAUGAUUUAUGCGGCUGUGAUGCCUCUUUUGCUUCCUGGUAGAACAGGCGUUGUUGUGGCGAUUUUUCAGGCUUUCUUUUGGCGCUCAGUAUACUCUUUUGGUAAUGGUGUUAUUCUUCGCUCUCAGUCCAACAACAAAUUCUUCACUCGUCACUUUAUCAAAUGGGGAGGAGGAGCUCAAGAAGCCUUUCGAAAUUGGAAGAGCAUCUAUAACUUUACACUAUGUAUGUCCUAUACUACCUUUUUUAUCGCUUGCUGGAAGACAUAUACCUUGCCAGAUAAUUGGGCUUAUGGAACGACUCUUCUUAGACAUACAUUGGGGUUGAUAUUUAUUUCACUUCAUAUAUGGACCUCAGUAUCUAUUUAUGAAGUGCUUGGUAACUUUGGAUGGUUCUACGGCGAUUUCUUUAUGGAAGACCAUCAAUCAGAAUUACUAUAUACAGGCAUUUACAGAUAUCUAAACAACCCAGAGAAAAUAAUGGGCCAUGCUGCCUUCUGGGGUAUGACUUUAAUUGCAAACAACGGCUUCAUUUUUGGUUUAGCCUUGUUUUCUCAAAUCUGUAACUUUUUGUUUCUUCAUUAUGUUGAAAGCCCUCAUAUGCAGAAGCUCUAUGGCGAUCAAAUUCGUACAGAAGCAGGCUUGACAAAGGCAUUGAAAUCUGCUGCUAUUGCUUUACCCAAAACGGUUCCCGAGAAACUCCAGCAAGAAAUUGCCAAAAUAAUCCACGAAAAACAAGACAGCACCAAAAGUAUGGAACGUAUUGUGAAAGAGACAGUCGAAAAAGUAGAGAAGGCAGUAGGGGAAACCAAAGAUGCAGUUGGGGACAUUGUUGAAGCAGCUCGUCCUCGUUUGCAAGAAGUGUUGAGUGAAACAAAGCAAAUGCUGGAAUCCUCUCGCUCUCGUGUCAUUCCAUUAACGGCCAGUGAUAUAGACAUGUACGAUUUAUCUCGUUACAAACUCAAGGUCAUUACUAGUAACAAUAACUAUGUGUUUGAGAUGGGUCAGUCCAUUCAGGUAGCUUGGGAAGCUCCAGAGAAUCAUGGCCCUCAAGACUGGAUUGGUGUCUUUGAAGUCAAAGCAAACAAGAGCAAGCACAUAACUAAUAUCAGCUCGCGUGGCUUAUGGCAUUGGACAAAUGCUGCUGUCAGUAAAGAAUUAGAUGAUAUUAUAUUCCCUCCCGAAACAGAAUUACGUACAGAAGGCAUAGUUAUCUUUAGUGGAUCUAAACUUCCUUGGAGAGUGGGGACCUAUGAGUUCAGAUACCAACAUGAUAACAAGCACAAUGUGAUGGCAGUUUCAAUCCCAUUUGAGAUCAAGCCGCCUUCAAUACCUCCAGCGAUUGACCAGAGCACGACAGAACGAACAGUUUUAAAAUGGAUUCAAAACACAUUGGGAAACAAUAGUGAGAUAAUGCCACAUACCGUUGAUGAAGAAUAUGUAGGCAUGGGCGAAGUAGAAGCCAAGCACUUGGUGCGCUGUAUCAAGCUGGGUUACAAUGUAGAGUUCGCUUGGGAAAUUGUAUCUGCAGACAAACGUGCCUCUCAGCUUGCUAAAAGGAUUCUUCACGCAAGAGAAGCACUUUUGCCUUUUGCAUCAGAAUCAUUGCGUCGAGCAUCCAGCACGUCCUUAAGUCCGGUUUCCAAUAGCUGCGUUAGUCCUCUUUUGAUCGGUAAAAGCACCUAA